GUCAUGGGCGUACACGAUCUCUGGUCGAUCCUGAGUCCGGUGCAGGUGUCUGUCCCGCUCUACAGUCUCACGGGAAAAACCCUGGCUGUGGAUCUCAGUCUGUGGAUCUGUGAAGCUCAGCACGUCCAAGGCAUGAUGGGCAAAGUCACCAAACCUCAUCUGCGCAAUUUGUUUUUCCGUGCGUCUUCCCUGCUUCGGAUGGGCAUCAAGCUGGUUUUUGUCAUGGAAGGAGAAGCUCCCAAGAUCAAGGCAGAGACUAUGAGCAAGAGAAUCGAGACAGGGUUCAACGGCAGGAGAGCCGCCAAGAGCGCCCCGAAACCUGCAACCGCCAAAAACACCAGCAGGGGGCGCUUUAAAGCUAUACUUAGAGAGUGUGCUGAGAUGUUGGACUACAUGGGUGUACCCUGGGUGUCUGCGGCGGGCGAAGCAGAGGCCAUGUGUGCGUUUCUGGAUGCGCAGGGUUUGGUGGACGGCUGCAUUACCAGCGACGGCGACGCUUUCCUGUACGGCGCGCGGACUGUCUACAGAAACUUCAACAUGAACACCAAGGACCCUCAGAUAGACUGCUAUGAGAUGUCCAGAGUAGAGACGAAGCUGGGUCUGAAGCGAGAGACACUCGUGGGCCUGGCUGUGCUCCUCGGCUGUGAUUACAUUCCUAAAGGUGUUCCAGGGGUCGGGAAAGAACAAGCACUAAAAUUAAUACACGGUUUAAAAGAAGUGACUCUUCUCCAAAAAUUCAGCGAAUGGGGGAAAACUGCUUUCGAGACUCAGGAGGUUGCUGUGAAAAAGGUCACCCACUGCCUGGUGUGUCGUCAUCCUGGUUCAGCUAAAGCCCACGAGCGAGGCGGCUGUGUGUUUUGUGACAGUCAGAAGUUCUGUCAGCCUCAGGACUACGAUCACGAGUGUCCCUGUGACUGGCACCGCACCGAGCACGCUCGCCAGGCCUCGGCUCUAGAAUCACACAUCAAAAAGAAAACCCUGGCGUGUGACAUGUUCCCCUUCACAGAGAUCAUCAAUGAAUUUCUGAUUUCAAAAGACAAACCUGUUAAUAGCUUCAAAAGACGGAGACCCAACCUACUGCUCAUGCAGAAUUUUGCUCUGGACAAGAUGGAGUGGCCCAAACAUUACACCAGUGAGAAGGUUCUUGUGCUGAUGACUUACACUGAGCUUAUGAACAGAAGUCAAGGGACACAAUCUGCCAUGCAAAUCCAACCCAUUCGGAUACACAAGCGGCGGAUAAGGAACAGUGUCCCCUGCUUUGAAAUCAUAUGGAGUAAACCAGAUCAUUACAUAUUUCCUGAAGAAUCCCCUGAGGAGGAUGUAGUCAGGACAGUGGAAGAGGAAAACCUGUUCACUGUGGCUUUCCCAGACAUUGUCCAGCUCUUCCACAAGGAAACAACAGAGGCCAAGGACAACAAAUUAAAGAAAAAGAAACCCAAGGUGGCGAAAGAGAAGCCAGUCGUUUCUUCUGACGGAGUGUCCGAUCUUUUUGCUCAGAUGUCACUCAAAGGUUCUUCACCUCUCGACCCUCUCGUAUCCUCAGGGAAAGACUUACAGACGAUAACUGAUGAAGAGUCUGAUGCUGACAGCUGUUCUACUCCUACACUACCAGCUGCAUCAAACCACACUACUAGCUGUCAUGAAAUCCCGUCUGUUUCCAGUUCCUGUCUACCAGAGGCUCUAGCUUCACCCUGUCACAUGGGAACAUUAUCUGAGGCCCAGAGUUCCCUUUCAGUAUCCGGAGCGAUUGCAGAGCUCCAGUUGAGCAACAUAGACUGGGAUGCUUUGUCCUUUAACGCCGCCCCGUCUCCUCAGUCUCGGCACAGUAAAGCUGAUCAUCAACCAGCGAGCAAAUCGGACAAAGGAAGCAGAACGGAAAGCUGUGGCUCGUCUGCAGAAGCUCCGUCAGAAGAUUGUGUAGAAGUAGAGGCUCGACGGGAUGACAGAUUUCCGCUGAUGGAAAGACUCCAUUUGAGGAAGUGUUCCGGUUCUAGUGAAGAGAAGGACUCCAAGCAUCAGAGUGUUGGAUCUCAACUGAAAUACACGUCAGGUUCAGGUCACAAGCCAUUUUCUGAAAAUCCUAAAGUACCGCCUCACUCACAUUAUCUGAAAGCAGCGCUUAAGGAAAAAACAUUUAAAAAACCACCGCAGUCCAAACAUGCGAUCCCGGCCUCCGGGCCACCCAAGUACAAGUUUGUGAAACUGAAACACUCGAACAGAACGUCCAGUGAUCCUGAGCAGACAAAGAAAGAGAGCGUGUGUAAGAAAAGUGUUUGUAAAGGACAAGGUCUCUCCAGUGACGACAGCGACGUGGAGAAUCAGCUUCUAACCAAACAGCAAAGCAAACUCAAAGCCAUCGUCAAGCCUAAAUCACAGGCUGUACAAAAACCUGUCUUGGAACAACAACUUCUUAAACAGUCCAGAUGUAAUCAGGUUCCAGUUUCUGUAGAGUCAGACUCGACAACUCCUACUAAACAACCACACAACUCUGAUUUCACAAGAACAAAGUCCGUCACACAGACAAAAAGUGAUGAUGAUGAUGAUGAUGAUUCAGAUGCUUCGAUUUCUAGUCCUUUGCCACUAGCCGAGAGACUGAAACUUAAAUUGAACAAAUAAAACGAAUGUCUUUGGUCAUCGCUAAUCAACCAUGUGCCUGUUUUUAAUAGUAAUCGAUUGCAACUGCAUGUUUGUACCAAAAAUGUGCGUUUUUAAUAAAGCUUAUGUUGCAAGUCAGGUUUGCCUAUUAAAUGCAUGUUAAACAUUUUCACAUCUCUAUGUCCGUCUGCUAAUGAAGCCAAUACACACUCAUUAAAGCGAUCAUAAGCUACAGGUCCUCGCCUGUUAGAUUUGAAGCAGGC